AUGACUUUUAUCACUUCUGUCAAGGACUAUGUAAAGAGACAUAGACAAGGCUUGUUGGUCACUGCAACCAUUGUGGGCGGAGGCUAUUUUGCAGGCAAAUAUGCGACCAACAAAAUCAGAGACAUGCAAGAAAAGUCAACAGCCGAGAGACUUGCCAAAGAAAACUUGAAACGUCGAUUCCAACAAAACCAAAAUGACUGCGUCUUUACAGUGCUCUCUCUUUUGCCUACAUUGGGAGAUCAAAUCUUACAUGAAAUGAACAUUGAAAAGGAUUGGGCCAAAUUACAGGAAUCCAGAAAGUUGGAAAAGAUUGAAUUGAGAUUGAGAAAAGAGAGGGAGGAGGCUGCACGUUUGAAGGAAGAACAAGAAGCCAUGUCUCAAUUGAGCGAUGAAAAGGAUAUCAACGAAUCGGGCAUUCUUGUCGACGCUGAUGUAUCAUCAUCUACUACCACCACCACUUCACCUACAGACGAACAGCACAAAGAACAAGAGGAGGACCAACAACAACAACAAGCCAAAUCGCCUAAACCACAACCGUUGGCAUUGGACUCCAGUGUGAGCAGCCUCUCUACUUCUGUUACUGUGGAACAAGAGGAUGGUAGACCUGUGCCUGAGGGUAUUUUGGACAAGAAAGAAAAGCAUCUUCUUUGGGAGGAGAUCAAGACAAAGAGUUUUACAAGAACAUUCACAUCCAUCUAUUCGGUUACCUUGUUGACACUAUUAACACAUAUCCAACUGAAUUUACUGGGUCGCUUUACCUACAUCUGGUCCGUCUCUGUGCUCAAUAAGAGCGAGCCCACGAUUCGAUUGCAACAAGAAGGAGAAGAACCCGAUGUCGGCUUUCUGGACCCUCAAGUGGAGCGCAUGUUUUUAAGUGCAAGCUGGUGGUUACUUCAUCGCGGUUGGAAGCAGUGUGCCGAAAGAGUGCAGACAGCUGUUGAGCAAGUAGUGUCUGGCAUUCCCUUGAAGAGCACCUUGGACUACAGUGAAGCUGAAGAAUUACUACAAAACCUGCGUAGAGCUAUUGAAUUUGACGAUGAGGGAAAGCCCAUUAGCUAUCGCACAUGGAUGUUGCCUGACAACGACAAGGAGGAAUUGGAGUUCAUUCGUGGCGCUGGAUUUGACGAGGAUCAAGACAUUUACAGUAACAAUAGCAACAGCAGCACUAUCACACUUAAAAAGCUUCUAGACGAGACCAAAGACUUUAUUGAUAGCCCUGAUUUCAAUCAGGUGUUGGGAUCUUGCUUGGAUGAAGUGUUUGCCAUAUUUGACCAUCAUGCUUUUGUCACUGCCUUGUUGCCUGCAAAUGAGCCCAUGGCAUCGAGUAUCAGAGAAGUGACAGCAGCAGAAGCAGUUACAUUGGAGCAAGGCAAGCGAGUUUCUUUGGCUAAUUUGUUGCCUACCAUUGGUAGACAAUCUCAUCUUGUAAUUGCUGGCAAUGAAUACCUGAAUGCAUUUGCGUAUAUUAAAGAAUUACAAGCUUUCUCUGCAUUAAUCUAUACACAAUACGGCGAUGAAAUUGUCUCUGCUGUGGCCAACGAGCAUGUUCACAUCUUGGCUGAUGAGUCAAUUACCAUUAUGCCUGGACCUGAUGGACACAAUGUGAUUCCUGUCGUUCAGACAAUAGAUGGUGUUGUCACCAUUUAUUAUUAUACCAUUACUGGCGAACAGACGAUCGUCAAUGGGGGGGGGGGAUCAACAGCUAUUAAUGGCGUGGACAAUGAUUUGGCGGAAUAUUCCAAUAUCGCCAACGCCAUGAGAAACAUGGAAGCAUUUGAGCACCAAGUCUCGUCAUCAGCAUCAGCAUCAGCAUCGGCAUCAGCAUCAUUAUAA